GUAAACAGAGAGAGACGCUGAGAGGACGUGAUCAUGGACACCAAACCCAACGUGAGUCAAGAUGAUAUUGGAGAACCCGCUGACCAGGAGGAUUUUCCUUAUGGGAUGGCACCUAAGAUGUUGAACAUGUUGCAGGUGGUAGAUAAGAUUGAGAAGGACCUUACUCCCUUGAUAUCCCGUCCAUACUACGAGGUUCUCAAUAAGCUGCCACCACUUGACAGAGCCAAGAUAGGCAUGAUGGAGAUUUACACCAUUAAUUCUUUGUUUUGGGUGCUAAUGAGAACCAGUGGAGAAGACAUUGAUUUAACACUACGAGAAGAUUCCAAGGUAGAGAUGAAUAGACUGAAGGAAACUCAAGCUCGUAUAGGAGAAGUAGAAGCCAGAGCCCAUAGACAACGAUUAGACACAGAAGUUGCCUCCAGGUUCAUCAGACACGGGCUGGGUAUUAGAAACGCACAAGUGGAAGAAGAGGUUACGCCAUCAUCUUUUAUGGCUGAAAGGAGAAAAAGAAUAGAACAGCAAGAAACCCAGGAAUCCAGCAACUCCAGUGAGAGUGAAGGAGAAGACAGUGGUUGUGCAAACAGAACUUGGUAUGGAAAAGGAUGGUAAUAAUGGUGUAGGUAUUAAUUUUUAUACUGUUUAAAUUUUUACAAUGUCAUUGAAACAAUACAGUAGUCAUAUGCAUGGAUGUACGUUCUCAAUAAAAACUACUCCAACACCUGGGCACGAUGGGUGUGAGAAUGAGCAGAAUGGGGCUUGUCAUCUGGGACUAGUUUCAGAUUCUUUGUUCAUUUUUCAGAUUGCAGAGUGCUUAUAGCGCUCAAGAAGUUUUGGGUGAAUACAAGGCAUAAGGACAUUUUAAUUUUACAAAUGUUUUAUACAAUAUCACAUUUAUGGAAACAAAUUCAUUGUAGUUAUAUUAAUGACUUAUACAUGUCUGAAAAACAAAUACUGUAUCAUAUAAAACAGUGCCCUAAUGAUAAACAUAAUAGCAUCCAAAAUAUAAGUAUAAUUUUUGUUGAGAUCAAGAAACAUUGUAGGUACAGUACUCAUAAUCAAGACCGAAGUGUCACUCAUGAACUGCCGCUUAUUACAAGGCAUUGUCAUGUACAGCCAUUUUUGAAGGAGAGAAAUACAGUGAAGUACACAUGUUAUAUACUCUUCAGCCAAAUAUAGAUUAAAUUGACACUAUUAUAGGCAGAUGUAAAGUGUUGUCUUAAUAGCUUUCUUUAGAGAACUGUUGCUGUACCUGAUGGUCUGUUUCAUAAAUAGCUGAUUGUAAGGAACCUCAAAUUAUCGAAAAUGUAUUGCUUCAAUUCCUUGAAGAUGAAUUGAAAUUAUAUAUGUUUGUCUCAGUUAUUAAGGAUACUUGACUAAUUAAACCAUAAUACACAGUA